AUGGGCAGCCCCAGCCUCCUCUUCCUGCUCCCUUUGGUGGCCGGCUUGGACUUCAGCUACCACCACACGGAGGAAUUGGAAACUUUCCUGAAGGACGUGCACCGGAAUUACUCGUCCAUCACUCACUUGUACAGCAUUGGCAAGUCCGUGAAAGGUAGAGACCUGUGGGUUCUUGCUCUGGGAAGGUUUCCAACCCAACAUAAGAUUGGCAUACCAGAGUUCAAGUAUGUUGCUAAUAUGCAUGGGGAUGAGGCAGUUGGACGGGAGUUGCUGCUCCAUUUGAUAGACUUUUUUGUGACCCAUGAUCAGCAUGAUCCAGGCAUUACAAGGCUCAUUGAUAGCACUCGGAUUCACAUCAUGCCUUCCAUGAACCCUGACGGAUUUGAAGCCACAGAUCCAUUAGACUGUUACCCCAUGGAAGGAAGGCACAAUGCAAACAAAGAAGAUCUGAACAGGAACUUCCCGGAUGCCUUUGUCCGCAAUAAUGCGACAGUGCAGCCAGAGACACGAGCAGUGAUGGACUGGAUUAAAAAGGAGACGUUUGUCCUCUCUGCUAAUCUGCAUGGUGGAUCCCUGGUUGCAAGCUACCCUUUCGAUAAUGGCAACUCAGUUACACUUACUUCAUAUCCCUUUAGCAAAACGCUGGAUGAUGAUGUUUUUGUGCACCUUGCAAACACCUAUGCUAGAAACCAUGCCAGCAUGUCUAAAGGGACUUCGUGUGAUUAUGCUGAUGAAUUUCCAGAAGGCAUCACAAAUGGGUAUGCAUGGUACCAGCUGGAAGGUGGGAUGCAGGAUUACAAUUACAUCUGGGGACAAUGCUUUGAAAUAACAUUGGAAUUAUCUUGUUGUAAAUAUCCACCGAAAGACAAACUUUCAUCCUUCUGGCAUGACAAUAAAGCUGCUUUGAUCGAAUAUAUUAAGCAAGUUCAUCUAGGUGUAAAAGGUCGUGUUUUGGAUAAGAAUGGGCAACCUAUCCCUGAUGCAAUAGUGGAGGUUACAGGAAGGAGGCAUGUAUGUCCUUACAAAACCAAUAGAGAUGGAGAAUACUACCUUCUUCUCCUGCCUGGAGUCUACACACUUAAUGCAACAGUCCCUGGCUCUAUGUCGCUGCUACAGAAAAUUGAUGUACCAAAUGGCACAGAAAACUUCAGUGCACAGAAGUAUGACUUUGUUUUCUCCAGUGUACCUACCAGAACUAAGUCAUCUUCAUGCCCUAGAAAGCCACUUUAUUCUCCAGAAUACCACGAAAAUACAUCAACCACACUGAAAUCUAUGAACUACUUGGUUUUAAUUAAUCUCUCAUAUGUUGUGUUGAGAUAA